AGAACAGUGACAAUGUAUCAGUAUAGAUACUGGCCUGAUGGCAGUAUACCCGCAUCUAUAGAAGCAAUCAUUGAACUUGCGAGGUUGCUUGUGAACAAGAAAGAGGAAAUUAAUCCUGAAUGGCCUGUUCUGGUUCAUGGUCACGUGGGCUCAGGUCGUUGUGGAUCUUUCUGUGCCAUCAUGUUAGCUACAGAGAUUCUCUCUCGGCAAUCAACAUCUUUAUCCAACACCAUCACACAUACUGGACACAUUGUCGAUGACAUUGUCAGCACCAUUCGUAGCCAACGACCUCAACUUGUUCGUAACGCACGGCAGUUUGAGUUCAUUCAUCAGGCUGUAUAUCAGGCCAUUACAUCAACUGCACAAGCAGUUGACAAGGCAGGAUCUAGCAGCAAGCAAGAGGACACUAAGAGAGACAAGAAAGAGAAGAAGAAAUCAUCCUGGUUUGGAAGAGGCAAUAAAGGGCAAGUUAAUUCGAAGGAUAGUAAAGCAUCUUCUAGCUCAAGCAGUAAAAGCAAAUUUUCAUUAUUUCAUCGGAAAAGUCAGAGUGCAACACAACAAAACACAUCAGCUCUCAUGUCAGACGCUCCUGCAUUUGACGAUGCUCUCUACUAAUUCAAACACACACACACACACACACACACACACACACACACACACACACACACACACACACACACACACACACACACAGUAGUGUAAGUAUAUCUUUGGAACUAAUCUAGUCAUACAACCAUUUUCUACCUUCUAUUUUGUAAGUUUAUAAUUUAUAUUAAUACGAUAAUAUUCUGAUUCUAAAGACACUGAUGAUAUUAAACUUCAUUUUGGACAAAUAGUUUGUGACAUAAGUUGUAUCUAGUUUUGAUAGUUCAGGAAUGUGUUAACAUGUUUGUCAUUUUCAACAAUUAUUGCACAGAGUGAGACUAAAUGAAUAUAAUGUGUGUGUGUGUGUGUGUGUGUGUGUGUGUGUGUGUGUGUGUGUGUGUGUGCGUGCGUGUGUGUGUGCAUGUGUGCGUGUGUGUCUG